AUGUCCAAUGCCCUGGACACUCUGUGCGGCCAAGCAUUUGGCGCCGGGCAAUAUCACCUCCUCGGCAUCUACAAGCAACGCGCCAUGCUACUACUCACCGUCGUGAGCAUCCCCGUCGCCUUCAUGUGGUUCCACACCGGCCAGAUCCUGCUCCUGUUCGGCCAGGACCCCGACAUCGCCAUGGAGGCAGGCACGUACGCACGGUGGAUGAUCCCGGGUCUCUUCGCCUACGGACUGCUGCAGUGCCACGUCCGGUUCCUGCAGGCACAGAACGUCGUGCUCCCGGUAAUGGUCAGCGCCGGCGCGGCCGCCCUGUUUCAUCUGCUCGUCUGCUGGCUGCUCGUGUACGUUGCCGGGAUGGGCGGCAAGGGCGCUGCUCUUAGCAACGCCGUCUCCUACUGGGUGUACGUGAUCUUACUGGCAGUGUAUGUGAGGGUGUCGAGCUCUUGCCAGCAGACGUGGACCGGGUUCUCCAUGGAAGCCUUCCAUGGGGCGCAUGACUUUUUGAGGCUCGCCGUGCCGUCUGCUCUCAUGCUCUGCAUGGAAUGGUGGUCGUUCGAAAUCCUCGUGCUACUUUCGGGGCUUCUUCCAAACCCCAAGCUGGAAACAUCCGUUCUGUCGAUCACACUCAACACGGCUAACUGCCUCUUCAUGAUCCCCUAUGGCCUUGGCGCUGCCAUAAGCACCCGUGUCUCGAACGAGCUCGGGGCGGGGCGGCCACGGGCAGCCCGCCUCGCCAUGCGGGUCGUCGUGGUCUUGGCCAUCUCGGAAGGAACUGUCAUGGGGAUGGUCGUGGUCCUCCUGCGCUUCGUCUGGGGCCAUGCGUACAGCGACGAGGAGGAGGUUGUGAGAUACGUUGCCAGGAUGCUACUGCUCAUCUCGGUUGCCAACUUCUUUGAUGGAAUUCAGUGUGUUCUCUCAUGUACUUGCUUCUCAAUUGCUAUGCUAUACACGGUUACUCUUAGAUACUUAGGGCCUGUUCGGCCUUCCGCCAGCUCCGCGGAUCUGCGGAGCGCGUAUAUCCCAGCUCCACCUUUUCAGCCUGCAGCUCCGCCGGCUCCGCGAGCUGACUCGGGAGUGGAGGGAUUCCGAACGCUCCCUUAACUUACAGAGGGAGUGAACAUGCAUCACGUAUGUGUAGGUGUGGCUAGAGGCUGUGGGUGGCAGAAGACCUCUGCAUGUAUCAACCUCGGCGCGUUCUACUUAAAGCCAGUUCUUUUGGGCGAUUCUACCAGAAUCGUCCCCCUCCUCAGUUUC